GUCCAAUGGAGAGCAUUCUUAUGCGUGAUUAUGCAAAACUGUAGGGUUUAGUACACCCAUUUCUCUCAUUAUUAUUCUCUUUAUCUAUUAUAAUAUUCGUCACUCAUAUCCCCCUCUUAUCCAAAGCCUUCGUCUAUAUAUACUUAAUACAAACGAAAAGGGUCAUUCUCGAACAUCAUAAUUUACAUACUAUUAUUUGGGUGCCAGAAGCUCUUCUAAGCGCAGCCAUGUUUAGAGCUCUCAGCACAAGAAGCCACCAGAGAUACGAGAAGUUAGGCGAAGAGCCUGCGAUCAGGCUUCUAGAUGAUCAAGUAAAACUCCAACGCUCCACGACUUUGCCCGCUGGGGUGUUCGGGACUCCGCUACCGAGGAAAUUCUCACCGGAGACAGUCGUCCCGCCAAGUUCUCAGGUGAAGCCAUCCCCCGCGAAGAAGGAAAGCACCAAGUCCCACCCUCUCUUCAGCCUCUUCGACCGCCGCCGUAAGAGCAAGAAGACUACCACAGCGAGGCCGGAGUUUGCGAGGUAUUUGGAAUAUGUCAAGGAAGGUGGGUUGUGGGACGUGAAUUCAAAUAAGCCCGUGAUUUACUACAGAUGAGGAAAAACAUGUAAUUUGGGUCCGGUGUAAUCUUCAAGGAAUUGUUUUUCUUUUUUCUUUUAUUAUUUAUAUUUUUAUGUAAUUUUAAAUGUAUAAUAUUGUGCAAGAAUGUUUGAUAGAAACUCUAGAGGAGAUUAUUAUAUAUCUUAAAAUCAACCAGCAAAUUUCAUGUUUCUCAUUCCCAAACGGGAAUUUAUUCCCUUAAUCGACAAGAACCAAAGAUUAUGCUAA